AUGGAAGGUACCUACGAUUGUAUUCUCAAAUGGCCAUUUAAUCAUAAGAUUACAUUUUGUUUAUUGGAUCAAUCAGGCCAAAAUCGACAUGUCAUUGAUUCAUGUCGUCCUGACACAAGAUCAAACAGUUUUCAACGUCCACGAUCUGAAAUGAAUGUUGCAUUUGGCAUACCAAAAUUCUUUUCAUUGCCAAUGGUUCAACAGGACAAUAAUAAUUAUGUCCGAGACGAUACCAUGUUUAUUAAAGUGAUUGUAGAUUUUGAUGAUUUACCUGAAGUGAUCUUACCGUAUAUACUCAAUCUCAAUCCUGGUUUACCGCAUCAUGUUCAACAAUAUUACAUCAAACAAGAAAUAAAACGUCGUCAGGAUGCUGCUAAUGUCUCUGCCAGUAGUCCUGCUGUGAUAUCAAUCAAUGGUUGUGCUUAA